CUAUGAAUUGAUAAUUAAGACUCUAAAAUCUGUAAUUAUUUACAAAUAAAAUCUCACCGAUUGCCGCGACGAAACCGCGUGUUUACACGAAUCGUGUCGAUACAAGAAUCCCUAAAUUACUGGCGUGUCUUACAGAAUGAGUUAUCACACCAUGUGUAUUUUCCGGUGAUAGCUGCACAGGAAGGGUCAGUUGCGUCAGUUUACUAUCAGAAAAUUGAAAUGCAACCAUGGAAUGCAGCGGCGGCGUGUCAGAAACCACUGGGAUGGCAAGCAGCGUUGAAGCGAAGGAAUCGCUGCCUUUUAACUCAUUGGCAGAAUUAUACGAUACCCUGGACGGUGGACUAAGGGAAUCGCCAUUGGCAUACAUCACGGAGUCAGUGGAUUAUGUGUACCGAGGCUCGGAUAUCGUCGCGCAGCAAGUUCCGCUGGAAAGGGUGGACAGAGCCGAACAGCCCAGAACACUAGUCUGCCACGAUAUGAAAGGUGGUUACCUUGAAGACAGAUUCCUACAGGGCUCUACCUCGCACGAUUCUUAUAUAUUUUAUCACUGGAGCAUCGUGGACACGUUUGUCUACUUCAGCCAUCACUUUGUGACUAUCCCACCAUGCGGUUGGAUCACCGCGGCUCAUCGCCAUGGUGUGAAGGUCUUGGGUACCGUCAUCACGGAAGGAAACAAUGACACCUGGGACACGAUUCUCGCGUCACAGGAAGACGCGAGAAAAUUCGCAGACGCACUAGUAUCGAUUGCAAAAAGUUACCAGUUUGAGGGCUGGCUCUUGAACAUCGAGAACAAGAUUAAGCCAGAGGAUAUUGAUGCCUUGAUUUACUUCGUCAAGUAUCUAACGGAAAGUAUCCACAACGAAAUUGAAGAUUCUGAAAUUAUCUGGUAUGACAGUGUGACCAAUAAGGGAGAGUUGAACUGGCAGAACGAACUCAAUGAUAAGAACAAAGAAUUUUUCUUGUACUGCGAUGGCAUAUUCUUAAAUUAUACUUGGACGGAAUCGCGACUGAGCAACAGUCGUCUACUCGCAAAGGAAUUGGGCCGCGAUAUUAAGGAUAUUUAUGUUGGAUUAGAUGUCUGGGGGAGAGGAUGCCCAGGCGGAGGCGGCUUUAAUUCGGCAUACGCGCUAAAAUUGAUACGGGAACAAGGGCUUUCGGUCGCAAUCUUCGCUCCUGGCUGGACACACGAGUACUUUGGUCCAAGCACUUUUCUAGUUUUAGAAGAUCUAUUUUGGGCUCAGUUGUUCCCUUAUUUUUACGUACACGUGCCCAUUUUCGAAGAUGACACAUUUAAAACUUCCUUCUGUCGAGGUGCUGGCAUUUGCUACUAUUAUAAUGGCGAGGAACAUUUUGAACCGUAUACGAUAAACGGUGAAGGUACUCCCGAAAAGAAAGCAUUUUACAAUUUACGAAUACAGCAACUGCAAUUGGCAAUUCCGGUGCCAUACUUGCAAUUCACGCGAUCGACGCAACGUACGCUUCCUGCAGAGGUUGAUGACGCAGAAUAUAAUAACGAUGAAAAUAAUAAAAGUAACAACACUGGUUGCGAAAAGAAGGAAGUGCGAAUAGAACGUAUCUAUGAAAAUAAAUGGAACAUCAUACGAGUGUGUGGUAAGGUCAUCAACUUCGAAGACAAAUUGACUGCCGUCGAUGUCAAUACUUUUGAAUUUUGCAACCGAUUUUCCUAUAACGGCGGUGGAUGCUUGAAACUGAUCACCAGAGAUCAUAGACUAUAUCACAGAUUAUUCUUGGUUCACAUCGAUUUGAAGCAAGAUAUUCGGGCGACAAUUGUUUACGCAGAACCUGAGGUCGCCGCCUGGUCGAACAACACUCCUAUUCUGAUCCUAGGUAACAACGGUAAUUUAAAAUCGAUCCUACCGUACGACUCUGUCAGAGUGAACGCCAAAUGGAGAAAAUGUUCUUAUUUAACGAACAUAAGGACCGUGGAUGAGAUCGGUAUAUCCUUCCUGACAGAGUGCGAUUGUUAUCUGGGCGAGAUCGUUUUGGAGAGCACGAAAGUUUCGUGACCGGCUUUACAGUUAUAUUAAGAUUCCGCGCGAGAGCGAGACGGUUGCGCAUAGUAAACCGAUUACGUCAUGAUAAAGGCAUAUCACAGAGUCCUUGGAUUGCGUAUAGCACCGCUCCUUAGCGAUUACACCUUAGAUGCCCUUCCUCCUGCUCCUCCUUCUUCUCGUUUCUCCCGUUUGAGAGUCACUUGGGUGAAAGGCGCGUGUAAACUGUUCCGCGAUAGACCAAUCGUUCGACUUUAUAGAUCACUCGACAUCCUCCUACCGAGGGAUCAGGUGCGAUAUCGCACUGCGACGUAAACAUUCCUGCGACAAUAUCGCUGAUAAAGAAAAAAAAAAGGCGAAAUUGCUCGCUCGCGGUAGGCUCGAUUAGCAUUUACCGAUGAUAUUUCAACGGCGGAGCCAACGUCUUUGACAUCUUAAGAUAUUCGUUGUCCGCGUUUUAACGAGACUUCCAUUACAAGGAUACCUGCAUUCUUCGAUAGCAAAGCGCACUCCGUAAUGACACGGCGGAUGUAAAUUCUGUUACAGCCACUUAAAGACGCGACCGAUUUCUUACACCGGAUAUUACAAAUCAUCGGCACUUGCGCGCUCACACGUUAAAACGAAUGGCAUUUGUGCCCAAAGGCGGACAUGCAGCCACGCGUAUUCGUUAUCCACGCGUUGAUACACGCAUUGUAAUCAAUGUGCCACCUACCAAGAAGAUGAGGCGUACAUACGUUUAAUUGCAUUUAAUUGCAUUGAGACUCUCCGCUGCCGUGCCAUCAGCGUCGCCGACGCUUUCUAGUUUUUCUCAUGUUAACGACAUGCACGCACACGCAAUGUUCUUGCGAAUUCCUUGAAUCUAUCGCGGGAGAUUUUACGUCGAAUUUUCUCUACAAAAACUUAAGGGAAUAUAUUUUAUAUACAACACGUUGCGUAUAUUUAAGGAUAUACCGUCGCAGUACAAGAGAAAAUCUCAAAAACAGAAAUAAUUGUUAUUGAAUUGUGUUGAUGGAACUCUGAAAUGAGGAAAUGCUAAUAAAUUAAAGUAUGUUACUUGUU